UUGUGUGAAAAAGGCCAAUUUUAUUUUAACACGCAGAAAAUGAUGGUGACGUAGACGAAGAAAAAUUAUGAAAUUUUAAAAUUUUACAAGAUUCUCUUUACGAAAUUUCGUUUAAGUCAUAGUGCGAAACAAACUUAUGCGGAAUAUUGUGUAGUUUCAAUCGUUUUUAUGAAUUAACGAACCAACAGAGUGCAAGUGAAUCAUGAAUGAAAGUGGAGAAGUUAUUACACUAGUAAAUACGGCCGUUCAAUAUCCAAAGGAUGAAAUAAGCGGAGGAAAAUUUAUAGACGACGCCACGUCAAUACAAGCAAAUUUUUUGCAAACGAAACAUGAAAAACAUUCGACAGCGAUGACCAGUAGCAUAGCUAGUGCGCUCGACGAUUCAACGCCAAGUGACAGUGGUGUUCAGUUAAUGGAUUCAAUGUCAAGUGAUAUGAAUGAGUCAUUUAUGUCGAAUUUCGGAAUGGAUUACGAUGGUGUGACACCCAAUGGAUAUAAACAGGGCUUGAGUGAUGUUGAAGAGGUCAGUGCAAGUGCAUCGAUUUUACCGCAUAUUGUAAUGGAAAGUGAAUCGGAAUUGAUCAAUCGAAAUGCACGAAAUUGCAUGGAUAUUGACGAAAUUGCGUUGACAAAAAGUGAUAUUGAUAAUUCGAAUAUUGGUAUGAAUUUUUUGCAUCGCGAUGACAAAAAUGACAUUUCCGAUGAAAUGAAAAUAAGCGUAUGCUCAACAUUCGAUACGGAUGCAAUUGUUUUUCGACGAAAGGUGCGCAAACCACGAACCAGUUCAACGAGCAGCGGCGGUGGCAGUGUUAAAAAACGCGUCUCAUUUCACGAGGAUAUUUUGAAAAAUACCAAAACCGAUAAUAUUCACAUCGAACGUGGUUUUGUUACGUACAAGGGAACCAUGAAAAAGGCACCAUAUCGCUUUUUGCGAAAUUCAUGGUGUUCACAAGGUCAAUGUGAAGAUUAUGGCAGUGAUGUUAACCAUCAAUGCUAUCGUAAUGCAUGCUCAGAUGUAUUGGACUAUGGGCAAGUCGAAGUUUUUGAUCACAAUGAUGACGGAAUGGUGCAAUUUGAUAAUUCGGGUGUUUUUGAGUAUGUGCCAAGAGAAACAAAUGUUUCGCCACCAUUUCAGAAACACAAUCAACCACCAAUGAAAAAAGCUGCAUCAAAUGAAGAGCGUGCAUUUUACCAUUGCAAAUGCUCGGAUUCAAAUUCCAGCCUUGAGUCAAACGACAAUGCAAAUGGGAAUGAUUGCAAACGUACCGAUUAUUCGAAAACAAAAUCGAAUUCAUGUGAUUGCAUCGGUCAAAAUGAAAGCAAUAAAAUUAACAAUAAUGGAUCACCAAAUAUGAUGGAUAAUUGCUAUUUCUCGGAACCGUGCAUUGAAACAAUGGACGAAUAUGAUGUCGAACCCAACCAACCGAAAUCGGUAUGGUGCAAAGAAUUAAAACCGAAAAGCAGUUGCUUAAAGAAAACGGUACGUGAUACAUCGGUUAUACUGGAGCAUGAUGUCAGCGCAAAAGUUAAAAAGUUUAACGUUCAUCAAUUGCACAAAAUUAACGUUCAUCAAUUGCCCGAUGUGAAUAAUUUAAUUGGUUCGAUUAAAAAUAUCUUUUCAACGAUUCCUGAACGUGGGGUGCCAGAAGGCUCUGAAGAUUUGCACAAUGUAUACGAAUGUGUACCCGAUUCACCGAUAAAAACAUUGAUCGAACAAACGAAAAUCCAGUUAACAUUUACACCCGAUCCAGAGCCGCAAGCCGAAACACCACCCGGUUCAGCGUCGAAACGAAAACCAGAAUUAUCGCUCUUUCCAAUACCAACCGAAGACGAUAUGAUGCAUGUCACAAUUGCCGAUGAUACCAUUAACAUGGAAGCCGAAGAAGCUUCACCAUGUCGACCAACAGCAUUUCGCAAUAAAUUUAUCGUCAACUGUGAAAGUACGGUGUUUGAGCAUACGGGAGUUUUUGAAAAUAACGUACAAGAUAUACCGGAAAUUCCAAACUCUAGUUCGAAUUGUGUGACACCACAAAAACAAAGCAAAUCGAUUUUAACAUUUUCCACCGCAUCGAUGAAACAAAAAAUUGGCAGCAUUUUCUCAUCGUUCCGUAGCAGUGGCAGCAGCACAAAAACCAGUUCAAUAAAUAAUUCACCAAAAUCGGCAUCAACUCAUUGUUUGUUCGUUGAACGACAAUUACAGCAAGAACAAUUGCAGGCUCAAUUGAAAAAAUUACAAGAAGAACAAAUGGUCAGAUCAUGGAAUUCAUCGUAUGAUUAUUACAAAAGUAAUCCGGCUGCCAAAAAUCCAUUUGACGGCGGCGAUGGAAGCAUGACGUCCAGCAUCAUUUCGAAUUCAAGCGAUAAAAACUCUGUGAUGACAAGCAGCACAAUGACCACAUCAACAAACACCACAUCAAAUCCAGAGUAUUCGAAUGACCAACGUUUCAAUUUACCAACGUUUUAUGAACCGGUACCAUCAACAUCGGAUGCAAGUCCACCAUCGAAAACAAAAACCCGCCACUUGGCAUCACCAUUACGACGGAAAUCAUCCAAUUCGAAUUUUGAUCGCGCAAAUCUAUCCCCUGAUCUAUUUUGUGGCCAAAAAACAACAAAUCAAAAUCCAAUGGUCUUGUUGUCGGAAGAAUUUGAUGAUUUGCUCACUGUGACCACCACAACUGACACCGAACAAAGUGAAAAUGAUAUUGAAAUCGUGGACUAUUCGACGGCAGUGAACGAAGCUGAAUUGGUUGCCGCACAAUUGAAAUCCGCACAACAGCGAAAUUCAAAUCAAUUUUUACGACCUCCAUCCACCAAAUCGUCGCUAAUCAAUCGAUUUUUACGUAAUGUCACACAAAAGAAAAUCAACGAUAUUGCCGUGAAAAAGAAUAUUAUUAUGUCAAAUAAGUACAAGGAUCGACAAAAGAUCUUUAAUACUUUGUAUGUGAAACCAAAGAAACCAAUUAAGGUCAUACAAAAGAGCAUCAUGGCCGAUUUUAAUGCGGAAAUCGCACAAGAAAUGGAAGCCGCAGCCGCUGCUGCUGCUGCUGCAGCCGCUGCAACCACCUCUACUACUGAUGUUGAUGCUGAUGCUAUGGACGCAGUUUGUGAAGCAGUUGAGGCAACUUCACCUACAGAUGUUGGACCAAAAACCGAAGAGGAAUAUGGCGUCGGAGUUGGCGAAGUUUCUACCGAAUUUUUCGACAUUAAUCAAUUGCACAUUUUGAGAGAUGAAAGGGAGAAACUAAUCAAAGUCUUUAAAUUGUACACUGGAUACAAUUUACACGGUUAUAUGACACCAGUGCUCGUAUUCUUAACUGAUCGGACGUUGUAUGUGACGGAUUUGGUGCGUAAUCGUCUGUGCAAUAAGUUUGUAUUGCCCUACACUGAACUGGAUGUCAUAUUGAUUGGUCCACAUGGAAAUACAGUUCUAUUGAGUAAUAGUGCCCGUGACAUGCAGCAAGUUUUGCUUGCUGGAGGUCCUUAUCCGGCAGACGGCCUCGUCUCAAGUUUAGAAAUUUGUGCUCGACGUUCUGGUGCUGCUUUGCCGGCUAUUGGACAACUUACAUUCGAUCAUUUGGCUCCGCUGCAGAAGUUUGUCAGUGAACACUGCUCAGCAUCAAAGAACGACGCUUGGAUCUAUUAUGCAGUUGUGAGUGUGCCAGCGAAUGUGUUGAGCCAUGAAGAUGAGCCGCUUGGACCGAACAUAAAAGGACCCUUAAUGCACCGUAGUUUAUCGCUUGCAGGCGACAUACAGAAUCAACCCUGGCUGGCUGGCUAUUUCUUAUUAAAAGCUGGUGUAUUGUAUAUGUUUGCUGAUUCGAAUAAGAAACUUCCAUCAAUGGUGAUUGCUCUGAGUGAAUGUAAAGGUGCACGACGAGCCGUUUGUUCGGCACGACCUCAUUGCUUUGAAAUUAUGUUGAAUACAGGAAUUCUGCAGUUGGCCGCACCAGAUGAAUAUGUUGCCUCCGACUGGUUGAUCUCAGUUGUUCAAUCAGCUAGCGGAUUGUAUGAAAAUCAUGAACGGCAUAAAACACUUGGUUGUACAUUGAUUAUAACCUCAAAUCACUUGAUAACGCUGCGCGAAGAUUUUUCAUCGCCAUUACGGCGAUUGAAUUCAAAGGGCACAGUGCCGCCGGCUAUAACAAGACCGCACAAAGGAUCUUCAACGCCAGAUCGAAAAAUGAGCAUAUCAACGGUGUCAGAUGCAACAUUUAAUGAUGUAAGUUCAAAUUUGAGCACACCAUCACGAUGUGAGUCAAGAUUUACAACGUCGAGUCGAAGUUCGCCGAUGCAUUGGCAACCACAGUCGCUACUGCAACCGUGUGAAGAGAAGAGCUUUUCAAGUAUUAGCAGUAUUUAUGGCAAGAAUUCGGGUGUUGAGAUAAAAACAUGUGCUUCACUUAAGGAAAUGGUUAGUGUACGGAUGCCGAAUAGAAGCGAUCAAUGGUGGUGCAUAUUGGAAUUUUCAUGUCAAGAAGUGCGAGAUUCAUCCGACGAUAUGGUCAUAUUCUUUGCCACAAAUUCGGAUAUGAGACGAUUCCUAUCGAUUUUGGAGUCAAUGUGGCAAACCAAAAAUAAUGGUUCAUUCCCAAUAUCAACACUACCGGAAAAUGACUACAUAACGGCUCAUGGUGGCAGUUUAUUUAAGAGUUUAAAUAGAGCGUGGGAACCAUUACUAUCGGCUGCCCUCGGUUUUCCCCAAUAAAACCACAUUGAAUCGACAGCACGUCCGAUAGCCUCCAACUCGAAACGACUGAACUGAUUUUUGUAUGCAUAGAUAAAUAAGAAGCAUUGGUCGACUUUUGGCCUAUGCACUUGUAAUCAGCAGAAAAA